GAUUUAGGUAAAUCUGCACAUUCUUACUUAAAUCAGACAAUCAAACAUAUAUAUUCUAAUUAUGGCUGCACAAGAGGAAGGAUUUGAACAGUUUGAAGAAGAUGACGCAGGAGACACAGCAUUUGCACUCAAUAGUGCUGGUAGAAAAAGGAUGUUCAGUAAAGAACUGAGAUGUAUGAUGUAUGGUUUCGGAGAUGAUCAGAAUCCAUAUACAGAAAGUGUCGACAUUAUCGAAGAUCUAGUUAUUGAAUUUAUCACAGAAAUGACUCACAAAGCCAUGGAAAUCGGACGAACAGGUAGGGUUCAGGUAGAAGACAUUGUAUUUUUAGUAAGAAAAGAUCCAAGAAAGUAUGCAAGAGUCAAAGAUUUGCUUACAAUGAAUGAAGAACUCAAACGUGCUAGGAAAGCAUUUGAUGAAAUUAAAUUUGCAGAACAGUCAAAUACAAAAUCCAAAAACCGAUAACUAUUAGUGUGUGGGCAUAGAAGUUAAAAAUAAAAGAAGGCAUUACGUUAUUCUGGCACAAAGUUUAUUUAACAAAGCAACAUGUUUUUUUUACAAUUUACGCUAUCUUUGUACAUCAUUUUUUGCGAUAUAUAUAAAAUAAAAUUUUGAUAUUGGCCAAUGCGUUUGUGUUGAUCCCUUUAACAAUGAUUUUUUUUUAAAUUUUAUACAGGGUGUCCCAUUAGUACGUAAUUGUUCAAUAGUUCAAUUUGUGUUACAAAAAUGCAAACAAGUUUCACAUAAAAGUUAUAUGAAUUUGAAAAAUACAUAUUUUAUAAAUAUUGUU